AUGUAUGAAGCUGAACAAGAUGAACACUGUGAAGUAUUUAGCACUCGUACUGCACCACUGUUGUUGAUGGUGGUUGAAAUGAUGGCGAUGGUGCUAGUGGUAUUGGCGGUAGUGGUGGUGGUGGUGGUGACGGUGGCAGCAGCAGGAGCAGCAGCAGUAGCAGCAGCACCAGCAGAAGAAGUAUUGAGACGACCACGGUUUCGCGAUGCUGAUGACGGCAUCAAUGUAACAACAGGUUUGUUCAAUCUUUUCGGCGAUACUGAUAUAGCGCUGUCAUUGGUGCCUUCUACAACGCUAUUCCACCCGUAG